UUCAGACCUUUGAGGAAAUUGCUUAAUUUGGAGCAAGGACUGCAAAAAGUUGAUAAAACUGGGGCUCUGCAAGAUGGGUAAUGUUCUCCUGGAUUAGACUUAGAAGAUGGGAAAGGAAGCAAAAGAUUAAAACAAUAUUUUGGUGUUACCUGGUUUCAUUCUCACUGUGUAUUCAAGAAUGGAUUCAUCUUUAAGUGCAACAGUUACUUCAAGCAUUCAGCAACAUUUCUAGUAAGGAAACUAUCUUCAAUAAAUUUAAAAUGCAUUCUGAAGAUGAAAAGAAGUAUACUGCAGAUGGAAAUAGUCAUGAGAUCAUUGCAUCCAGCCAGGGUCAUGAAUCUGAAGACAAACACAAGGCAAAGAAGAAGCAGAAGAAAGGGGAAAGACCUAAGGUGGUGAGCCCAUUUGCACUGUUCCGAUACUCCAGCUGGUCAGAUAAAUUUUUAAUGAUACUGGGCACUGUGAUGGCAGUAGCCCAUGGAAGCAGUCUCCCUUUUGCCAUGAUGAUUUUUGGUGAUAUGACUGAUAGCUUUGUUGCAUCUGCAAACAAAAAUUUAACAGACCCUACAAUAGAUGACUGGAUGAAUAUCACUUCAGACAUGCUUAACAAGCUGGAAAAAGAAAUGACAAGAUAUGCAUACUACUAUUCUGGAAUAGGAGCUGGUGUUCUCCUUGCUGCUUAUAUUCAGACUUCAUUCUGGACCUUAGCAGCAGGUCGGCAAAUAAAAAAAAUUAGAGAAAAUUUUUUUCAUGCAAUUAUGAGACAGGAAAUUGGAUGGUUUGAUGUAAAUGAUGUGGGAGAACUUAACACUCGUCUUCUAGAUGAUGUCUCCAAGAUUAAUGAUGGAAUAGGUGACAAGAUUGGAUUGCUUGUUCAAGCACUAACAACAUUUGUGACAGGAUUUAUUGUUGGUCUCAUAAGGGGAUGGAAAUUAACCCUUGUAAUACUAGCAGUUAGCCCUGUGCUGGGACUUUCAGCAGCCCUCUGGGCAAAGGUUCUCUCUGCUUUCACUGACAAAGAACAGGCUGCAUAUGCAAAAGCAGGUGCUGUUGCAGAAGAAGUUCUGGCAGCAAUUCGUACUGUAAUAGCUUUUGGAGGACAGGAAAAAGAAAUUAAAAGUUAA